AUGGAUUAUUUUAAAUUUGGAUAGGUCAUCAUCCCAGGCAACCUAGUAUUUUGGAAUAAAUAAUAUUGCUAUUGCAUCAUUCCCGUGGUCAAAUUGCUUCCUGGACAUGUGUUAUUAAUACCGAAGAGAUAGGCACUUAGAUUAUAGGAUUUAGAUCCUGCAGAGAUAUUUGAUUUGGGGUUGAGUGUGAAAUUCUUAACCAAAAGCCUUGAAAAAUACUUUGAUUGUACAUCAUCCACUGUGAAUAUUUCAUCAUUCUCAAAUGAAUCUGACGGAUUGAAUCAUUGCUUCAUUCAUAUCAUUCCACGUAAGGAAGGAGACAUAAAAAAGAAUGAUGACCUCUAUGGUUUACUUGACAAUUAUCCUAAUGAUUUUAUUCGUUAAUUUCAUAAUACAUUGGGAUUGGGAAAUGCCUUCAGUGAUUAGAUGAGAGACACUCUGAGUCAGGAAGCCAAAAAAUACAAAGAAUUUUUAUAGUAGUGUUUACAGGAAGAAAUUAAACUUAAAUGA